AUGGACCCCAACCAACUUACCCCUGUUCCUGGCAACCCUAACAUCCGAUAUGACAGGUUUGGGUGGCCAUAUGUCCAAGAUGUCUCUGGUCAUUGGGUUCAGUUAUACACGCCAACCAUGGUGACUUCUCAGUCUGUCCCUACUGCAACUCAUGGAUUUCCUGCUGUGUCCCAGAACGAAACUGCCCCAACUCGCCCCCAUAAUAACAUGGAGGAUGGUCCAAACCAACCGCUUUCUGAGGCUCUUGUGGUCUCGGACGACGACCUCUCUGACCCGGUCACAAUUGUGAAGUCCCGGGGCCAUGCCGCUGCGAAGAAGGUCGCUGGAUCACGUCAGAAGGGCAAGGGCAAACAGCGCGCUGUACUAACCGAGUCUCGCGAUAAGGGAAAGGAGAAGGCCACCGCUCGCAAGUGCAGGCAUGCCUCGGAUGAUGAAGAAGUUGAGGUAGUAGCCAAGCGUGGCCAUCCCAAGGGUGCUGGCAACUACACUGCAGAUGAGGUUGAUGCCCUCCUUGACUUUGUCGAGGAGGAGCUCCCUCUUGGCCAACGCGGGUGGCAGUCCAUCCACCGUGGUUUCACUUGCUGGGCUCGUCGUAACGAUGCUGCUGAACGCACGUUAAAGUCUCUGGAGACCAAGUUCAAACAGCUUGUUAAGACCACGAAGCCCACUGGUGAUGCCUAUUGUCCCCCGGACGUCAAACGAGCACACAAGAUUGACGGGCGUAUCAACGAGAGGGCUGCCACCCGCGAUCUCAACGACUCCGACUUCGAUGAUGCUGCUCAGUUGACUGGUGGAUCUGAAGAUGACGACGACGAUGCCGACGACAUCCCAGAGGCGCCGAAGAAAUCGAGGAAGGCGGCAUCCGCUGGCAACCGUGAUAUCCAGAAUGCUAUCAUCCGCCGACCUGACCCCGCUGUCCAGCGCCGCUCUCGGUCAAACAACGUCGACCUCAUUGGAAAGCUUGCCAAUGCCUUUGAUCCGAGUGUCCAACAAGCUCGUGAUGAGGAACGUGCCCAGUGUUCCUUCCAAGCCUCGCAGAUGUUCACCCUUUCCCAGCAACUUCGAGACGCCAACCUUACCAUUGAGUCGCUCCGCUCCCAGCUCUCUACUCUCCAGACCCAGGUUCAUGAGGCCCAGCGAGCCCGCGAUCGUGCUGAGUUGCAGUUGCAGCUCAUUGAAGAGGGUAGCCGCCAGUCUCGACCUUUCAGGAGGAGCCGCCACAAUGGAGACCAGCCUUCGUCGUCGUCGUCGUCAGGCCAUCACUUUGGCAUAGAGUUGCAAGCUUUGACUACUUCCCAGCCCAAUGCUGCCACUGCCACAGCUGGCAAGGACCAAGAUGGUGAGGAGGGUGACAAUGACGAUAUAUACGUCAAGGAUGCUGAUGGGCCCAAGGACGAGUAG